UUAUUUUGUUCUUAAAGCCUGUUGCUGUUAAGCAUUUCCCUUUCUCUCUUGAUGUGUUCUUCUCUCUGACACUGAAAAAGUUGUGAGAGGAAAGAAAAGGGGCGGAAAAAGGAAAAAAGGAAGCUUCCUUAAGGCUGAAGCUCUUUCGGAUUUUGGCAAUGGGUUUGAGCAGAACACAAAGGCCCGGCAAUGGAGUUUCCACCAGAUGGGUUUCUUUCUUUUGCAUUGCUAGCUUCUUAUUGGGUGUACUUGUUGUCAACAGAUUUUGGACUGAUUCCGAUCUAGUCAAAAUUGAUGAGGCUUCUUCUGUACAAAAACAUCAGAGAAAAGAAGUUCACCCCUUAGUUAAUUGCGAUAAGGAUACUUCAGUCCAGGAAGGUAAUAUUCUUUGGCGAGUUUCCGAAACUCAUGAUGUAAUUAUGACAUUAGACAAAACAAUCUCCUCAUUGGAGGUUCAGCUAGCUGCUGCUAGAGCCGGCAAAACGGAUAGUGGUGAAGGAUCUCCAAUGGUUACAAAAUCAGGAAUCGAAAACUUGAAGGAACGCCCGAAACUUUUCUUUGUUAUGGGAAUUAUAACAGCAUUCAGCAGUAGGAGACGGAGGGACUCGGUCAGGGAAACUUGGAUGCCUCAAGGGGAAGGAUUAAAGAGGUUGGAGAAAGAGAAGGGAAUUGUAAUGCGAUUUGUCAUAGGUCACAGUGCAACCCCAGGCGGUGUUUUGGAUCGUGCCAUUGAUGCUGAAGAAGAGCAGCACAAGGAUUUUUUGCGCCUGAAUCACAUAGAAGGUUACCAUGAGUUAUCAUCGAAAACCCAAAUAUACUUCUCCACAGUUGUUGCUAAGUGGGAUGCGGACUUCUAUAUUAAAGUCGACGACGAUGUACACGUAAAUCUGGGUAUGGUGGGUUCCACAUUGGCCCGUCACAGAUCGAAACCACGUGUCUAUAUGGGUUGCAUGAAGUCUGGGCCUGUUCUAGCACAGAAAGGGGUCAAAUACCAUGAGCCAGAAUUUUGGAAAUUUGGCGAGGAGGGAAACAAGUACUUUAGGCAUGCCACUGGACAAUUAUAUGCAGUUUCCAGGGACUUGGCCAAGUACAUAUCCGUCAAUCGGCACGUACUUCAUAGAUAUGCAAACGAAGACGUGUCUUUAGGUUCCUGGUUUAUUGGUCUUGAUGUUGAGCAUAUUGAUGAACGAAGCCUCUGUUGUGGAACUCUCCUGGAUUGCGAAUGGAAUGCUCAAGCAGGGAAUCCGUGUGGUGCAUCAUUCGAUUGGAGCUGCAGCGGCAUUUGCAAGUCCGUGGAGAGAAUGAAGGAGGUGCAUCAGCGGUGCGGGGAGGGCGAUGAAGCAAUCUGGCAUACAAGCUUCUGAAACCUUAUUGACUAACCUGG